CUUCAUCAGAUACUAAAAAGCAAGAACCGGGAUCCUUAGUUUGUCUCAUUCUCUUCCAAUUUGAGGGUCCAUAGAGGUGUUCUCAUAGUGAUCUUUGAAGAUUUCCCAUCUCUGAACAGUUUUUAUUUCAUUUUUCUAUGGUAAGUUUUUCUAUAUGAAAAUUGGUUAUUCGAGAUGUAUGAUGACCCUUGUUAAAAAUCAAUGGCUGAAUUGUUAAAACGGCCAACUCAUAAUCGGCAACUUUACGGGUUAUGGGAAUGUUCCAUAAGUCUAUUUGAACUGGUUGUUUGUCCACAGAAUCUCGGCAAUGUCUGCCAAUUCAGUAUCAGAGUACAACAUGUAUCAGAUAUUUAGAUUUAUCUUUUAGCUUUAUGUACAUAUAUUUACUGCUAAAAAGUACAAUUGUCUAUACUGGCAUACUAUCUAUUUUUCCAUUUCGGGCUUAAUUUGGAGACAAACAUUUACCUUUCUCUUUCUAACGUUCAUUCUGAUGUUGCAUGAAAUUAAAUGCUGGUCAACUGCAGCAGCCUAAGCAGCAAAGCAGGCAGUCUACCAGGCUUUAUGACUAGUAUGAUAAGCCAUCGAUCGUACAACCAAUAUCUCCAAGUCUGGAGCACUUCUCAAGUACCUACAUGUUCGAUGGUAACCCUCAGAGAGACCUCCACUGGUGAUGACUGCGGAGGUCCCUGUCCCAGGCAACAGGCAUGGAUAAUGUCUUGGAUAACCUUUUACUUCCAUUUGUUGUGGCAUCAAGCCUUUGCACAGAGCUUCCUUUAUUUCCUUGCCAUAUUGUUGUAUCAUUGACCAAAUGCAGUUUCCUGUAUCAUCUGCAAAGGAAAUACUGCUUGAGUAACCUAUCUGCUAUAUGCAGGAAAUGCUAUGUUGCAUAAUGGUAGUAUAUUGCCGAAAUUUCAGACUAAUGUUGCAUCACUUAGAUUGCUCUUGCAGGGCUGCGCAUAUAUGCGGAAUUACUACGUCAUGACCCAUGUGAGGAGCAAAGUUUUUGUGAAAAGAACUUUGUGAGAAGAGGAGGUCUUCAGUCAUUCAGUGGUGCCAGCAUCCGGAAAACAGACUGUACUGAAAGAUCAGAAUAUCUGGUAACAACCACAUCGUAUUUCUUUUGUGUUGUCCAUGGUGCAAAUGUUCUUUUGAAUUAUUCAAGAUGUGUGGUUUUCUUGACAUACAUAUAUUGGGCUCAUUACGAAACUAACAACUUACUGUUGACGCAACAAUUUCUUCUUGUGUGCAACAUUGGAAUCUCAUUUUUUUAUUCAGAAGCUUUCUAUUUAUAUAUCAAAAGAGGACUUUGAGUUAUAGUAUUUACACUCAAGCUCAAACGGCAAGGUCUGGUAACAACAUGACAUCUUUUAGAUAGAAGGGCCUCUUCCCUGUUCCAUUCUCGUUGGAAAUGAAACAACCCGUAAUAAUUCCUUUGUACUAAGAACUCUGUAUUUACAGUUUUACACUCAAGCUCAAACGGCAAGGUCUGGUAACAACACGACAUCUUUUAGAUAGAAGGGCCUCUUCCCUGUUCCGUUCUCAUUGGAAAUGAAACAACCCGUAAUAAUUCCUCCGAUCCAUAGUAAGUGUCUCAGAUUUAGUACAAUUUUUCUGUAAGGCUCUAUCUGAAAGUUAUGCAUGCUCUGGCUUAUGAGACAUUUUCUGUGGAUGCACAUCCCACUCUAGCUUGUACUUAAAGAGUUGCAGAAGAUUAAUUCCUUCAAAUCACCAUGAGAUAAGCUUCUAUGUAUUAUGAGCUGUUGCCAAGUCAACAGUAACUUGUUGCUGAAUGUAUCAAUGUCAAAUGAUUGAUCACCAUCUGGGGCUGAUGAGUUCCUUCCUGUUCUCAUUUAUAUUACUAUCAAGGCAAGCUUCUCUUUUUAAUUGUUUAUUAGCUGUUCUCAUGGGGAUUAAUUACCAGUUGUUAUUUCCUAGCUUUGUCAGGUUCUAGCUGGUUUGAUAUGCUUCUUAGCUGGUUCGAUAUUUUUGUUAUCAUGUAAUCUCAAGAUUUUUCUGUAAGGCUCUAUCUGAAAGUGAUGCACGCUCUCGCUUAUGAGAUUAUGAUGGACCAGAAAGAAAGCAUAUCGGUAAGCAAAUACUCGAGUACUCCCUCAUGGUAUCUCAGUCUACAUUGUCUUUUACUUGCAUUUGGUAUUUUGAUUCCAGAAAGUAGUUGGUCUGAAUAUUGCUGUUUGCUACAAUUACAUCUCUUGAGUCCGCUCUCUGAGGAUGAUUGCUUAUUGUGCAACAUCUAUCUAGCUAUGAAUCUGUUAGUCUUACUGAAAUAUACUCCCUCCGUCCCAUAUUAAGUGAUUCAAAUUUGUCCAAAUAUGGAUGUAUCUAUACCUAAAAAGCGUCUAGAUACAUGUAAUAGAAAGUCACUUAAUAUAGGACGGAGGGAGUAAAUGUUUUCCUUGAAGAGAAAAAAAAAGACCUCUAAUGUGAUCUGUUGAGCCAUGAGUUUUAUUGAACGCGACUGAUAGAAGAAUCGGAGGUUUGUUCAGCUGGCCAAAGCAGCAAAACACAAUUCUCUGCUCACGGUUGAUGACGGCAUGACGGAUUCGACAUCAUGUGCACCUUUUCUCCGCGUUAGAGAGUUGGGCGGUAGUUUUGUUGAAUUAACUUAUGUACCUUGAGUAGGAGAGUAGCUCCAAAUUUCAUUUGUGCCUCUUUUGAAAGAUUAUGCUGUUUUGAGAUUUGAUGAUGGAAAGGAAGUCAUCUUUAACAUAUAAAAGAAACAAUAUAUAGAAUGAAAAUAGUUUUCCGUGGUGUAACCAGAAGUCCUUUCUGCAAUGAGCCAAUGACUUGACCUAUUUGCGUAUUUUUUGGGAUCCUUUUGAACUUCAAAAGCUACAACCCGCAAAACAACUUUUCAUGUCUAGAUAUGUUUUGUUUUGUUUUCAUGUGUUCAUAGUAACAUAUUGUGUUUUACUUGUAUUUUGUUUUUCUGUAGCAGCGCAUGGGCUUCUAACUAGUUCUUUUAAUAUUUCUCUGUUAAGAGUGUCCCUAAUCGUUAAAUAUUUUCCACAAUAUAUGAUACUUUGGUUUUAUCACAUCUCUUACUUGACGUGCAACAUCACCUUUCCUUGCAUAUCUGACCUAGAGAAAGCUGGAGCAUUACACUAUUUCUCGUCAUUGAUACAUGCAAAAAUCUAAUAAAUAAGUCACCGUUUACGGUACCUAAUACUCCGUUCUGUCAAAAUGGAGUACCGGAAUUGGACAGUUUAGACUUUUCACAUGUGAGUUGAGGCACAUGCGCGCAACUCCAGUCAGGACUUUUCUCGCAAAAAAAAAAAACUCCAGUCAGGACUUGACUCUAGCUGAGUUUGGAGAAAUUACAGACCAACCCGUUUUUGCUGAUAGAUUACAAUUUUACCCUGUUUUCUUAUACUCCCUUUUUAUGAGAUGGUACUCCAUUCAUCUAUAUUGGAGUAUUAAGGAGUAUCAGUCGAUCUAGACCCUUAGAUCAAAGAAAAUGGAUGGCCUAUAUUCAUUCCGAGGUAUUGCAAAAGAGCUAAUGGAUGACUUUUUUGUGACUCGUAAGUUCGUGGAUCUAGGCAAUAAUAUCAUGUCCUUAACUAUGGCAUCGUUGGGGUACAAAGAAAUGAGAAUACAUAAUCAAUGAUGCAACAAUCAUCCUGCUAAGACACAACUGGCACAGAUUGAAUGCCAGCUGUUAAUAUGUUUUUCCCAGUUGGCAGUUGCUGCAUACUCUGCCUAAAAAUCAAAUGCUUCGGCAGGGCUUUAGACGCCUAAGAUCUUGCAGUUUCUUAUCCCAUUUAUGUCAAUCAACUUGAAGUGGUACACACAAAAUUUUCAUCAUAUUCUUUAGAUUGCGUGCAUUUAUGCAAGUAGGUGAGAGCAGAAAGCUGUAGGUCAACUUUCUAACAUGACUAACAUCUGGAUCAUAGAAAUUUCCUUUUUCUGGCAGAACCUUCAAGGCACAAGAAUAGCCCUUAGUCCAAGGGCAACUGAGAAAGAGACGUUAUCCUUUUCCAAAAGAAGAGAUUUACACUGCAUUUCAAAUCACACAAGCAGUUACAAGCCUCCCAAUCAUCAGAAAAAAGAGAACCAUACCUUUCCAUCUAAAUUUUAUGUUUGAUGAAAUUUGUUUGGCACUUCAACACAUUAUUAGGUCUAUAUGGAUAGAGGUUUCCUCGAAAGCACCUAGCAAUGUUUCAGACAUAAAGCGUGUACUUUUGCAACUUUAGUUCUACAUAUCUUCUCAUGAAUGGAGGUUAGAAAUGAUAUUGUUGUCGCACAUUUAUGUUAUGUGUAAUGACUUCUGAAUGAUAUAGACCUUCUCUGCCUUCAUUGCCGCGAAGGUUCUCGUGCAAAAUCUAUUAAUACUUGUUCUCUACGUUAACUUGAGCACCCAAAAUCGCCGCCAUCAGAGAAAUACAAUUGUGCGCAACCUACCCUUGAAGAGAGCAAAAAUAUGGAGACUGUAAAACAUAACUUGUGCAGACAGCCACCAACUUAUGUCAACCUCAUCACAGUUCUCUCUAUCGACGGUGGAGGGAUUCGAGGAAUCAUUGCAGCUGUUGCUCUUGCCUUUCUAGAAACAGAGUUGCAGAAACUUGAUGGAGAAGAAGCCAGAUUAGCAGACUACUUUGAUGUCAUUGCUGGGACCAGCACAGGGGGGCUUGUGACUGCGAUGCUCACUGCACCAAACAAGGACAGAAGACCACUUUUUGCAGCCAAGGAUAUUCAAGCAUUUUAUAUGGACCAUGCUCCCAAAAUUUUCCCGCAGCUUAGGGGUGCAUUUGGGAGGAUAAUGAAGGUACUUCGAUCAUUGUCAGGACCUUCUUAUGAUGGCAAGUACCUUCAUGAAGUUGUGAGAAAGAAGUUAGGAAGCAUCAGGCUGCAUCAGACAUUAACAAAUGUGGUAAUACCAACUUUCGACAUCAAGCGGCUACAACCAACCAUUUUUUCGUCAUAUGAGGUUAAGAAGAAGAGGAACACAAUGGAUGCUUUGCUAUCAGAUAUUUGCAUCAGCACUUCCGCUGCUCCAACCUAUCUUCCUGCACAUUACUUCAAGACUGAAGAUCUUCAUGGAAACAUCAAGGAGUUUAAUCUUAUUGAUGGGGGAGUAGCUGCCAAUAAUCCGGCGCUAGUUGCCAUUGGAGAAGUAACCAAGCAGAUAUUCAAGGAAAAUCCAGAUUUCUUCCCAAUAAAACCUAUGGACUAUGGCCGGUUUUUGGUCAUCUCAUUGGGCACAGGCUCAUCAAAGUUUGAAGAGAAGUACAAUGCACAAAAGGCUAAAUCAUGGGGAGUGUUGGAUUGGUUACUUAGCAGUGGAUCCACACCGCUGGUAGAUAUUUUCACACGGGCAAGUGCAGAUAUGGUGGAUAUUCACAUCGCUGCUGUUUUUAAAGCUUUACAUUCUGAGCAGAACUAUCUUCGGAUUCAGGAUGAUACCCUACAGGGGACACUCUCCUCGGUUGAUGUUGCCACCAAGGAUAACUUGGAGAAACUUGUCAAUGUUGGAGAGAUGCUGCUAAAGAAAUCUGUCUCACGGGCAAAUUUGGAGACUGGCCAAAUGGUGCCUACUUGUGGCGACUCGGAGAUGACCAAUGAGAAAGCUCUCGAGAGAUUUGCGAAUCUGUUGUCUGAAGAAAGGCGAAUUCGGCAAGCAAGAUCACCGAAGUGAAGGAAGUCUGGUCUCUUUUAUGUCAAUACUCCAUCAAAGAGAAAUUUUCUCUGCGUGACAUACCUCAGUCAGCAUUUAGUUGAUACGUUUGUUGAAGUUUCAUUGUAAAAUAGUUAAAUUGUGGCAGACUGAUUGCUAUAGCUUGACAAUGUUUGCUGCUGUUGGUUUUAUUGAUAUGUAAAUACAAAUAUACUUUAUAAAUAAAAUUGAGCAUCAAAUUACUGUUC